UUCGCUUUUCAAACAGAUUUACAGAAGACUGAUAUGGAUAAAUCCGAAGAGGAUUACUACAAGCUUGCAUUUGAAACUGGGGUACCUCAGUCUCAAAUACUACAACUAACGGAUGCUUUCCGAAAAAUGAUUCGAUUAGGCAGAAGGUCGAACCCAAAGAAACAACACUUGAAAGAAUUUGUGACGAAAGACGAACUACAAUCCAUUUGUCCACAGAUCGAUUGGAGUUAUAUACUUGACAAAGUAUUACAAGAAACUGGAUAUGUUAAAUACCACAAACUACCAAUCAUUAUCGAACGGAGAAAUGAACUCCGUCAACGUUGCGCAGAAUACCGUGAAAUAUUGACGGAAAUAGAUGGUGGAAGUACUCUACGCACAAUAGCUAUUAUGGAUUUUUUACGAGAACAACAAAAGAAUACACUAAACGUCCAUACAUUUGAAACGAAUGAUAACUUCAAUUCAUCUUCACAGCCACAUUUUGAUGAGCAAUGUAUAAAACGGUUGAAGGAUGCAUUUCCAUGGACUCUUGAAAGACAUUAUAUCCGUUCGCAUGUAAACGAAACACACAAAACAGAGGUGAUCAAUAUGUUUAACGAAAUUAAACUCACUAUCACUAACUCAAUACCAAAAAUCAAGUCGUUGAAUGAAGAAGAGAAAAAUUUCAUGAAAUACAAGAUUUCAAAAAUGGGUAUAUUUGCCUUGUACUCCGAUCAAAAUGCUUCUCAACAAAAAGAAAAUCUCUCAACAGUAUUCCAAUACCCUAUUCGAGAGGACAAUUAUUACACAAAUGAAUUCUAUAUCCGUAAAGCGAAAUAUAUUGACACUUUGAAAGCCCAGUUACACAAAUAUAACCCAUCUCUCACAGGAUCACUGUCACGUCUCGUAUCAGCGUAUUAUGCAACGGAUGAAAAUCGUAUAUAUGUAUACCCAGGACUUCUACAACCUCCACUUUAUUAUGAAAAUGGUAGUUUAGCUUCGAAAUUUGGAGCACUUGGUUGGAUUAUAAGUCAUGAGAUUAUGCACGGAAUAGGUAUCCAAGGUGUACUGUAUGAUGAGAAUCAGAAUAAACGGACUUCGUUCAAUGCUUUACUGUCAUCCGGUUUGAAACAUUUGAAUGCUUUAUGUCUGAGUCGUCAGUAUGGUUACUAUAGUUACACUGCUUUAAAAGCUUUUCGCACUGAUACUCAAGAAGAAAUGUUGGCUGACAAUGAUGGAUUAAAAGCGUCGUACCACACAUACAAGCGUUUGUUGAAGAAGUUCUCGAACAAUGUUAGCCAAGAUAACCACGAGUCACUUGAAUCUGAUCGACUGUUCUUCCUCUCGUCUGCACAAGCUAUGUGCGGACAUCAUGGUGAGGUAAUACUUGCACAAAAUGCAGUAGCUAUGCCUCAUGUCUUGGAAAAGUUUAGAGUGAUCGGGGCGUUUGUCAAUAGUAGAAGAUUCGCACGUGCAUAUGGUUGUCCAGUUGGUUCACCAAUGAAUCCUGUUACAAAAUGCGAUGCAUGGUAAACCCAUUAUGAAUUACAUAUUUGACACCCUAAACAUAUUUUGGGAUGCUACAACAUUUGAGUGGUUUUUUUGCACUUUCUUAAACAAAGCUUUAAAAUACACAAUUCUCAUCUUUGGUUUUAUUUUAUGAUUCGAUUCACUAUUCAUGUGAAAUGCCUAUUUAUCGAUAACAAAACUUUAUUUCAGCAUAAGAGUCAAUAUACUCCAAUUUCUUUUCCUCUAAAUGAGUAACCAACUUACAUUGUUUUAUGCCU